AUGUUAUUGUUGAUAUUUUUCUUCCAGGAUGGAAAAACAGCAGAGGAUUUGGCCUGUAAUGAACAACAUGAGCUCAUAGUGUCACUAUUUGGAAAGCUCAAGAAGGACAACCACAAGCUGACGUACACCCAACAGCUGAGGCCCACGCACACAGUACAGCCCAGGAUCAAACUGAAGCUGUUUGGACACUCAGGGUCAGGAAAGAGUACUCUGCUGGAGUCCCUCAAGUGUGGCAUCUUGCGCAGCUUCUUCAGACGGAGGAGGACGCGAAUGACCAAUACCGCCCGCCACCCCAACUCCCCACUCAGCUCUAAACCAGCAGUGUCGGUGAGCAUUUCCAAUUUGUACCCUGGCUGUGAAAAUGUGAGUGUACGAAGCCGAAGCAUGAUGUUUGAGCCUAGCUUGACUAAAGGAGUCCUGGAGGUAUUUUCCCCUGUGCACAAUGGUCUGUCUGCUGCUGACGAGCAAGCAACAAAAGCCAUUGACAUCCAACAUGCUAACAUCCAUGGUGUGGGAGAUUUCAGUGUGUGGGAGUUUUCUGGAAACCCUGUGUACUAUUGCUCUUAUGACUACUUUGCGGCCAACGAUGUGACGGCCAUCCAUGUGGUCCUGUUCAGCCUAGAGGAGUCGUAUGAGACCCAGCUCAGCCAUGUCACCUACUGGCUGAACCUACUUAAAGCACUUACGCUCCCACAGCACAACAUUGUUUUUGGAGGUCGCAUCCCACAGCCUCUCACUGUUGUACUUGUGGGGACUCACGCUGAUGUUGCAGACAUCCCUCGAAGUUUUUCUGGAGACUUCAGUUAUGACAAAGAAAGAACACUGCUGAAGGAAGUCAGAAACAGAUUUGGUAAUGACUUGCAAAUCAGUGACAAAUUGUUUGUGAUGGAUGCUGGAGCUUCCAACUCUAAAGACAUGAAACUGUUGAGGAGUCAUCUGCAGGACCUACGCUCCACCAUCAUCUCUAGGUGCAGUCCCAUGACCCUGCUGUCCGAGCGCCUGAUGGCCGCCCUGCCCACAUGGAGAAAAAUGAGUGGACCAAACCAGCUAACGUCAUGGCAACAGUUUGUUUUUGAUGUUCAGGAGCAUAUAAACCCUCUGGUCAGCCACGAUUACCUGCGCACACUGGCACUCCAGCUUCACAGUAUGGGAGAGAUCAACAUCAUGCAGAGUGAAACGGUACAGGAUGUGGUUUUACUGGAGCCGCGCUGGUUAUGCAGUAAUGUACUGGGCAAGCUGCUUUCAGUGGAGACUCCAAAGGCCAUCCACCACUACAGGGGGCGGUACAGGCUGGACGAGGUACAGACACUGGCACCAGACAGCGAUGUGGACGAGCUACUUCAGAUUUUAGAUGCGAUGGACAUCUGUGCCCGGGAUGCCACAAACCCUUCUAUGGUAGACAUCCCAGCUCUCAUCAAAACCAAUGGGCUGCAGCGAUCAUGGACUGAAGAGGAAGAGGAGGAGGCGCUGUUAUAUGGAGGGGUGCGUCUGGUCCCAGCUGAACACCUAACAGCAUUCCCUUGUGGUCUGUUCCACAAACUGCAGGUGAAUCUGUGCCGCUGGAGCCACCAGCAGAAGCCUGAGGAUGACAGCUCCGAGGAGCUAGAUGGAGACAUUCAUCUGUGGAUCAACGGGGCACGGGUGAGCCAGGCCGGGGCAGAGGCCAUGAUUGUACUGGUCAACCAUGGACAGGGCAUAGAUAUUCAAGUGCGGGGGCCAGAUUCUCAGAGGGCCAAGUGCUACUCUUUGUUGGACACCAUGUGCAGUAUAACAGAGAACUUGCUGGCCUCCACCCUGUCUGGUCUGCUCACAGCUAAGUACUACCUGAGCCCGCAGCAGCUCAAGGAGCACCACACUCCCAUCAUGGUGUAUCAGCCCAAAGAUUUCUUCAGAGCACAGGUUCAGCGGGAAACCUCGCUCACAAACACAAUGGGAGGCUACCGCGAGAGCUUCAGCAGCAUCCUGGCCUUUGGCUGUGCCGAGGUGUACCAGCAAGGAAUUCUGGGAACACAUAUACACAUCUCUGAUGUUCCACUCUUGGCCCGUAGGAAACUGUGCCGCAUGCUGGACCCACCUGAUGCUCUUGGCAAAGACUGGUGUCUCCUGGCUAUGAACUUAGGCCUUACUGAACUGGUGGCCAAACACAGUAAUGGGACUCCCAACGGGACACCCAAUGGGACUGCUAAUCUGGACCUGGGAACGCCCCCCGAGGACAUGCCUCUUCCCCCCAGCCCGACAGCGGCCCUUCUUCAGGAGUGGAGUGCACGUCCUGACAGCACAGUGGGGGUGCUCAUGUCUAGACUAAGAGAGCUUGGCCGCAGAGACGCUGCUGACUUCCUGCUCAAAGUUUCCCCUGUGUUCAAAGUUAACAUGGAGGCAGUGGGGACCUCCAGUGGCUACACCCCCUCUUGUAAUGGAGGGACAUCUUACAACUCCAUUAGCUCAGUCAUAUCUCGCUGAACAAACAGGGUCAAUAUGUUGUUCUUGCCAAAAGUCACAUGUGAUGUGUCAGUUCUAUUUGAACUUUAAGUGCAAUCCUAACCAGAGUCCACUGCUCAUUUUCACUGUGUUUUCAUGAGACAUAGUCAGAGCAGUGAGGCAGGACGCUGGUCUCUGAAGCAGUCUGAAGUGCUUGUGCUCUACUGGACCUGUCCAGCUGACCCAAGUUUGUGCUCUGAAUGUGAGGGUAAAUGGUCAUCUGAGAUCCAAAGAGGAACCCUUGACUCUUAUAUUGUGUGUACCUUUUGUGCUGCUGUUUUAACACUUCUCCAAUGCAUCCUCUCACCACUCUCACAUGUUUAAAAUAGAAAAAUAUGAUAGCUUUAACUUUUGAGGUUUUGCAAAUGACUGCCUUAUGUUUGGCCCUUAUCCUUAUUCAAACCUGAUAAGCAAAUAUAUUUCACUCAGUUACAGUCCAUAUGCUGAAUGCUGCCCACAGUUCAGUACUCCCUACAGUAAGAGCAUCUCCCAAUGGCAUUAUAUUUUAAUUUGAUCUUUCUUUCAGUGUUAGUGCCUUUGAGGCCUUCUACCUCCUCCAGAGCACAAUAGUCUGAAUAGUCCUUGUGCCUUGUCCCUGUGUGAAACUAUCUCCUGCUCAACAGCAAUCAAGCAGUUUCUGUUACAGGAAAGGCUGUUUUACAUCUCAGACAAAGCUGAAGAGGAAAUGUUUACUCUAUUAAAAGCCUGAAUUAGACCUAAACUAAACUUUGCCUCUGAGAUUAAGGUACUGAAACAUCAAGAUGGGUUUCUGUGAAAUACAAUCAGAAAUGGCCACUCUGCUGUGUGCUUUUAUACUGAGAAUAGUGGAGGCUUCUUGUUUUAAUUUGCAUAAAAGGUAAAAGGGAAAUGGUUUAUAAAAAAAAAAUACAUUUCCUGUAAUUUAAUGUGCCAUUUCUCAUUCAGAUAAGUCUGAAUGUCAUGAAAAUACAAUGUCCCCUUUUUAUCACCAUGUCUUAUGGCAUGAUCAAUGGAUAAAUAGACAAGUGAAACUCAGAGUAGUUUCGCUAAAUCCCAUUGAGUGAGUGAUGACAUUCAGGAAGAUUUGAUGACUUCUUCAUUAGUUUGUUGGCUACUUGCAGAGCAUUGGAAAACUUAUUCUAGUAUACAUUUCUCUGUAUAAUUUUUUUCAUUGUGAUAAUGUUGCUGGUUAUGUAAUAUCACAUGUCUAUAAAAAGCAUACAUAUAAAAUUAUGAAUAUAUUGAAAUGAAUAAAAGUACACACAAAUAAGCUAUUAAAAUAGCUCAAGGAUUUAACUUCUGGUUACUCUCACUACUCUCAUGUUUCCAAUGUUACUUUUAUUUAUAUUUUAAACAAAAACAUAAUUGUAUUCUUUAUGUGCAUCUCUUUUUUUUUUUUAUCUGAUUUACUGAAGUAUCAGAUUCAAGAUAACUUUUGCAUUAUUAUAUCACAUCAUUCACUCAAAGCAUUUAUUAGAGGUAUUUAUUCCUAAAGUAUUAUGUUUUAUUCCCAGGUGUAGGUAAAGGGUAAUUGAAACUAAAUACUGGUGUGUAGUGUACAAGUCAUGGUGUCAUGGGACUUAAACAUGUCAAUUUAAAGUGCCACAAAACAAGCUAUUUUAAACAUUUAUUUUAACAGAUUUUGACAGUUGUGGAGUAGAAAUGUAGUUUCUUGCUUCUUUUCUAAGCUUUUGUUGCAUUACUACAAUUACAAGCCUUGAUGUUGCACAGUGGCCUAUAGUCACCACUUUGGUUGAACUCAAUGAGGCUUUACAGUCUGUAUCAUUGUCAGUGUUUUCAUGCUGGCUCAUUUCUUUCAGUUUUUGUGAAAUGAUUAAAGUCAGCGAACAAGGCUUAUGUGACGCCAAAGUGUGCUGACUGCAGACAUUUUAUUACAAAUGUAAAGUGCAAGAAAAGUUUUAUAUUCAAAACUUCAGAGUUGAGUUGCUAAGGAGCAUAUAACUGAGAAGAGUGGAUUUUUGAGCUUCACUCCCUUCAGUAUUAACCCAUAACAUUUUAAUGUCUUUGUAUCAGUUUUUCUCCGUAAUUGCCAAUCAAUGUAAAUAUUUUAGGUAAUUAUUUUCCACUGUUUUUGUGUCCAAAUAUGAUGCUGAAUGUAUAUUAUUUCUAAGAAUUUGAGGGUAACUAGGUAAAUACUGUGUAAAAAGGAAAGGAACAAUGACCACUAAACAACUUUUAUUUUUCUUGCUGUACUAAAGUUUGUAUCAUUGCCAAUGCUGUGUUCUCAGUGCACAACCUUAUAAAAAUUGCUUUUACUUAUUUUGUAAUAUUUGCUGCAAAGGGAAGGUUUUGAGGCACCUCUUUUUAUUUUGUUGUAGGACUGCAGCAGAAGAUUUGAAAUGUCCAGUAAGGUUCAUAUGCUGCAUUGCACAAGUCUUAUUGUUGCUAUUUAUGUUGAAUUCUUUUAGCAUGUCCUUUUAUGCCAAGUUCUUAGUACUUCUGACACUUUAUAGUGUAAUACAUUUUAUAAUAAAUGAUUUGAUUAAUAUCA